AUGUCGACUCCUUCCUCUUCACGACCUCUGCCAGUUCCGAUGAGUUCGUCACCAUCACCAGGCUCAUUUAGAGGGCGGUCGGGAAGUCCGUCUUCAAGAGAUAAAUCAACAGCCCGAUUAGCUUCACCAGUACCUUCCCAUCACGGCACUCCACAAGUUCGACAGAUACCUACUCCGAAUCAGGUCGCCGCCGCAGAUUCAUCUGAGAGUAUUACUCCUCUCCCUCUGGCUGGCGCAGGUGGCCCAGCAUCUUAUGCGCCCGGUCCAGGUAUCAGCGCGUUGGCUGCUGCGCUGUCGAAUUCUAUCGGGCAGACUCCUCCUACCUUUGGAACACCUCCCAUCCGUUCAUUAUCACCAGCCGCUGCCGGUAAACAAAUACAAGGUACAGGAGCGCAUAGCAAUUAUGGCUCUCUUCCGCGAUCGGUACAAGGAGGGCAAGGAUGGGCCGGUCCGACAGCCUACGAGGACCCAGAAAUUAUAAAAAGACAUUUGGUACAACAAGGGCCUUCGCAGCUAGGAGGUGACGGUGCCGCUGAUGGGAUAUUUGGCCCAAGCGGACAGUCACCAUCAUUCCGUGUCGGCUCUCCAGCUAGUACAUCAAAACAGGCAGUUGAAACUAUAGCACCUGGGCUAGAUGAUGAUGAAUUUUCGAGUCUGCGAUUACAAGGUGGUGACGUUACCAGACCCAUAUACAGAUGGACCGAAGAUGCUCACAGAGCGAGCCGAUCUCAGAGGAGUAAGAGCUUUCACAUCUCGCGACCAGAAGCAGAGAACGAAGUUCUUGACAUAGGCACAAUCAAAUUGCCAGGUGGAUUCAGACGAAAUUAUCUACGUCGAGCAGCAGGCAGCCCAACUCCUGACGGCAUAGAUGUCGAAGAAGGCGGAGGACUCGCGCAAAGACAGCCAAAAAUAUUUACCAACAACUUCCUCGAGUUUCUCACCAUCUACGGCCAUUUUGCUGGUGAAGAAUUGGAAGAAGACGAUGAGGUACUCGGACCUGACGAAUACUUUGGAUCGGAUGCUAUCUCUGAUGAUUAUGGUGAAGGCAGUGAUGAGGAUAGAGAGCCUAUGGAGAAUAGUGCUCUGCUUACACCUGGUCGCCGGAAAAGAAAGCGCAAGGAGCGCGCACCACAAGGAACAACUACACCUUUUCAAGCCUCGUUGCUGUUGCUUAAAUCUUUUGUGGGUACCGGCGUGUUAUUCCUACCUAAGGCGUAUCUCAACGGUGGAAUGCUUUUCAGUAACAUCAUCCUUCUUCUUGUCGCAGCUUUGAGUUAUUACUGCUUCGUGUUACUCGUCAACACGCGACUAAAGGUUGAGGCGUCUUUCGGAGAUAUGGGAGGUGUUCUCUACGGGAGAUGGAUGCGAACAGUCAUUCUUGCAUCGAUUGUCAUCAGUCAGAUGGGGUUUGUGGCCGCAUAUAUCGUAUUCACGUCAGAGAAUUUGCAAGCUUUCAUAGCAGCUGUGACCAAUUGUAGAGUUCACUGGGAGGUUUCAUGGUUGAUCUUGCUACAAAUGGCUAUUUUCUUGCCAUUCUCUCUUUUGCGCGACAUCAGUAAGCUCGGAUUUACCGCGCUCAUAGCAGAUGCCUUUAUUCUUGUUGGCUUAGUAUAUCUCUACUACUACGACAUCUUCACAAUCGUGAAACAAGGUGGUAUUUCUGACAUCGUCAAUUUCAACCAGCAAGACUGGACGUUGUUCAUUGGCACCGCCAUCUUUACAUUCGAAGGAAUUGGCUUGAUCAUCCCUAUUCAAGAAUCCAUGAAGAAUCCUAAGAAGUUUCCUCCUGUUCUUGGUAUGGUCAUGAUCAUCAUCAGCGUAGUAUUCAUCUCUAUGGGUGCUCUUUCUUACGCUGCAUUUGGUUCCCAUGUAGAGACAGUUGUUCUUCUCAAUCUCCCACAGAACGACAAGAUGGUCAAUGGUGUUCAGUUCCUCUAUUCGUGCGCCAUUCUUUUGUCAACCCCUCUACAAAUCUUCCCAGCCAUCAGAAUCACGGAGAAUGAGCUCUUUACCAAAAGUGGAAAAUACAACCCUUAUAUCAAAUGGCAAAAGAAUGUUUUCCGCUUCUUCGUCGUUGCCCUGUGCGCAUCCAUUGCAUACGUUGGCUCUAACGAUUUAGAUAAAUUCGUUUCGAUUGUGGGAAGUUUUGCUUGUAUUCCACUAGUAUUCAUAUAUCCGCCAAUGCUACAUUAUCGAGGUGUAGCCAAAACACGUUUCCGCAAAGGGGCAGAUAUCAUGCUUUGUAUCUUUGGCUUGGUAGUCAUGGUAUAUACUACGGGCUUGACCAUCAUCAGCUGGACGAACGGUGGUGAUAAAGUUCCAAACGUUGGAUAUUGCGAUAGAAAAGACAGGGCAGGAGGAGAAUUGCCAUUCCUACGUUUUAUCUCCCACAUUAUUUUCACUCCGACUACUCAUUUGAUUCCACCUUCCCUCCCCACUCCUCCCUUAAAACGCCAAAACUUACCUUCCGAUACAGUAAUCAACGGCGCUCCAGCAAGCAGAAUCACCGCCUCCAUGAACACCCUUUCCCUACUCCCCGUCCUCCGCAACACAACUAUGCGUCUCAAUCGCAACCUGCUCGUCGCACCCCGUCGCAUUUUAAACGAAGAAGCAUGGCUAGCAACCCAAGUCGGUACUCUCCAAGCACAACAUUGCACUAACUGCAGGAAGGGAAUUGGACCGUUUACCGAUUGUGUGGUGGCCGAUGGCCAUUUCAAAGAGGCGUGGGGCAGAUGUUCGUUGAGACAUGAGCAUCAAGCCGAUGCCGAAGACGCUCCUGACAUUCCGGGCAUGGCGCCUGCGAAUAAUUUCGGUGGUCAGAUUGGUGAUUUGGCAGGAGUGGCCGUCGGUAUUGCUCAGCAGGGUAUUGGUGCUAUUAUUAUACCCGCGCAAGGAGUGCCUCCUGCAGCGAAUGUUCCUCGUGGGGGAGGGACCAGUGGCCCAAAACGUAUUGCGCCGUUACUGGUGGGACCGGUGGGUAUUGGGUUAGCUGGUGCAGCUGCGGCUGCGGGGGCCGCGGCGAUUUUAGUGGCCCCGCAAGGCCCUGGCAUAUUUGGAGGGGCGAACGCAUCGAGAGCGCGUGCUGCUAGAGGUUUGAGUGAUGCAGAGUUGGAGGCGCACAGAAUUAGGUUCAGCGCCGAGUUGGCGAGAGCUUCUGCUGAGUUGGAUGCUGUUAGGGGAGAGCAGAUUGAUAGAGAGGCGUUGGGAAAUAAACAUGAACAUGAACAUGAGGAAGAGAAAGAGGAAGAGGAAGAGGAAGUCGCUGCACCACUAGUCAAAAAGCGGAAGCAUCCAAAGAAGAUAAAGAAAUAA